AUGCAAAAGGCUCAUCUAUCACAGCCCUUGCCACACCAUUCAUCAGUCGCGCCAGUGACACCACCAUACCAGCGUUUCCACGACUCCGUCUUAUGCUCACCCGAUGAGGGUGGCUCGAUCUCUGGUGUGCCGCCAUUGUGGCCAGCACCGAGCAAUCUCUACCAAAUCAAUCCCGUCGGUCAUGGCCAACCGACAUCCACGCAACUACAGCAGAAGCGCGCACAUCGCCAGCGUAGGAAGGAUUCUAGUUGCGAUGCUUGUCGCGAGCGCAAGGUCAAAUGCGACGCUUCGGGGUCAUCUAGUUGUACUGAAUGCAACAAUCGCAGGGUCCGCUGUCAGUUUACCAAGGAGACGAACCGUCGCAUGUCGUCCAUCAAACACGUCCAAGAUCUUGAGGAGCAGCUGCAGAAUUCCAAACAGCAGUUACAGCACCUGCAGACUAGAAUGAUCUGGCCGGAUUGCAUGACCGGUAUGGAUGGAGACGUUCCGGAGACGAUAAUUAAGUUGCCCGAAAUCGAGCACCGCCCCAUGCGUCGGUCAGAUGCGCCAAUUUCUCAGGAUUUCUCUGACGUGCGUUCCAAUCUCCGCUAUCAUGGCCGUGGCAUCUUGAAUGUGCCGACCCCUUGCCGCGUGCGGAGUGCAGAGUCACUGGUAACAGGUGAUGCGGUGGAUCUACCACAGAAGCACCUGGCAGACCGUCUCUUGGCGCACUUUAAUUGUAUCCAUUCAGUUCUGCCGGUGCUUCACUGGCCCAUUUUCAUCUCGGAGUAUGAGAAGGUUUAUCGGUCUGGCUCGUUAUUGGGGUUUCAUUUGAAUGGGCGGCUCUUCUAUUUGGCGUAUUCGCCUGCGGUGCUAUUCACAUGA